AUGUACCCACCUGCUGCAGCACAUCCAUCGUUUUCCACGUACGAAGAAGCAAAUGGGAUCAAGUUAGAGACGAUGGUGGAGCCAAUGUCUCAUACGGCGGUGACGAUUCCUUAUGGUGACAGCUCGUGGCCUGUCACACCUGUGGAUGAAUCCAAUGCUAUGAUGAUUCAUCGCCCAUCAUCAUCAUCCUUGCCUACGCAGCCUUCCACCCAUUUCCCAUCUCCCAUGGCCAGUGAUCUUUCUCUCAGUUAUCCACCACCUGACGUCUCUUAUCCAUCCUCCUCCUCCUCUUGCUCAUUUCAACGUCCACCCGUAUCCCUGUCAUUGCUGUUGGAGCAUUUUCCCGAUCUUCCAAGGUUCUUAUCCCAUCCACAAUUACCAUGCUUUGUACGUCUUUGGUAUCAAUUUCAACAAGACAUUGCAUUGGCCAAGGAACCCGCUUUUCGACCCGCAGUGCAAGAAAAUCUACAGCAUUUGGCAGAGCAAGCCGAAGGGAUAUUGCAACAAAUCUUUUAUUGGCAGCAUCAUCAUCAAGGUGACCACCACCAAUCCUACAAUGACCCUGAAUCGGAUACGACGUUGUUGUUGACUGCAUUGUGUCGACUCAAGGAACGCGUGGAAGUCAUGCAGCAAGUACUUCAAAUCAUCGAAAAUGGACGUGUGUGGUUUAAUCAAGAUCCAAAACAAGCUGUGAUGCCUAUCCUCCAAGCUGUGAUCAAGGAACGUCAAGAGCAACAACAGGUUCAUGCCAUGUCCGUGGGUGGUGGUGGUACUAGUAGUUGUAACGGUGGUGAUAGUAGUAGUUGCUGUGAUGCUGCUGCUGCUGCUGCUGCUGUUACCACUAUGCCGAAAAACAUCUCCUAUAUCCAUCCUGCUGCCUUGUCGACUUCCAGUGACCAAGGAUCCCCAUCAUCAUCAUCAUCACCACCAGGUGCUAUUUUGACCAUCGAGCCCUAUUCCACGAUCACUGAUAUGGCUGUCAACGAGGAGGAUGAUACUGUCACCAAGAAACCAGAGUCCAUGGAUCAUCAAGUUGACCAAGAUAUGCAUGUUGCUACAACGAAUGAUGGUAUCGAGGAUACGAUAUCAACCUUGAGUGCUAUGGAUAUUGACGACGAUGGCGACGACACCGAGUAUGAGCAACCAGAGGAAUCCGAUGACGAUGACGAAUACAUUGAGCCUAUGCCACGUCGUCGUUCAACACGCCGCCGUUCAGGACGCAAUCACGAUGACCAUGACAUGGGUGAAUUGAGUUCAUUGGUUGACCAAGACGAGAAUAGCCAAGAAGACAAUGAGAUAAUCCAAGAACAAGGAACAGCAUUGUUGGCCAAUCGACGCCGCUCAACCACAAAGAGUGCUAGUGCCACCCGAUCGUAUCCUCGGCGUACAGCUACAUCCUAUGAUGCUGAAACAACGCACUAUCUCAAGAGUGUGUUUUUUAGCAUUUACAGCAAGCGCGACAAGCUUACCAAGGACCAAAGGCGUCAAGUACAGCUACAUACAGGUCUCAAACCACGCAACAUCACCUACUGGUUCUCCAACCAUAAACGUCGCUUCCAAACAUCCCUCAAGGUCUUCAAGCGCACAGUCCGUGAGAGCAAUGGAAAGGUCAAGACUUAUGAUGACUUUUUGGAGUGGCGUCGUGAACACAAGUUGCCUGAAGAAGUCAUGGAGCAUGAAUUGGACGAUGGUAACAAGAAGAAUCAAGACACUACUACUACUGCUGCUGAUGGUGAUGAUGGCAGUAAACCCACAACGUCAUCCCUUUGUUCUCCUAUUCAUGCUUCCUCCCCUUCCAUUUCUUGUAACAAUGAAGAACACCAUAGUGAUGAUGAUGACUCAAAAGCCUAG